GUACAUUAGGUUUUUCUUUAACAGAUUAUUGCCUUUAUUAGGUACCAGACCCACGGUUUCCAUUCCUUGGCGUUCAUUUUACUCCUAGAAUGGACGGCUCAAUUUGGCUAGGACCUAAUGCUGUUCUUGCUUUUAAACGAGAGGGUUACAGAUGGAGAGAUGUAGAUGUAAAAGAACUCAUGACAUCCCUGAAGCACAAAGGACUGCGACGUCUUGCCGUCAAGUACUUGGGUUAUGGUAGCUCUGAGAUGAUCAAGUCCAUAUUCAUUAGCCUGCAGGCUCGAUCACUGCAGAAAUUUAUACCAGAGAUAACCGCUGCAGAUAUUAAAAGGGGACCAUCGGGGGUGAGAGCUCAAGCUCUGGGUGUGGACGGCUCAUUGAUAGAAGACUUUGUGUUUGACGUGAGGGGGCGUGUCCUGCACUGCCGCAAUGCUCCCUCGCCAGGUGCUACCUCCUCAAUGGCCAUCGCCAAAAUGGUGGCUGACAGGCUGCAAGACGAGUUUCACCUGUCCUAGAUCACCAUCUAGGUUAAACAUUUGUAGUAAUAAUGUUUUACUUGUUAUUGUUGAUUAUUGCCUAUAGCAAUGUUUAUUUUUGUACUGUUGACAAUUAAAAUUUUUAUCCAAUUGUUAAAUAAUAUUAUUAGGUAAACAUGGAAAAGUUAAAAACACAAAUCUGACUAAGGUAGCAAAGUCUGACAUUUUUCACUGCCAAAUGUAAAUAAAGUCUACUAAAUGAAGCAAGGUUUGAAGUUUAGCUAUUUUAUAUUGGUAUCAUUAUCAAGAACUCAUCUUUAAUAAUAGCUGAUAACAUUUCUAUAGCCGUAUAUAAUUGGGAGUUAACACUGAUGACAGACUGUACUUGAACGUCAGUGACUUCUUGUUCUCUCUCUGAUAACAGCACAAGGCCAAUGAUUAUAACAUUUGUAUUACAACAAGCUCCUUGUAUGAUAUGGCUUCUUUCCCUGCUCUACUUAAUCUUUUAAUCAAACAGUACACAUUAAACUGUACUAUUUUCCUUUUUUUGACACUAAACAAUUUUAUUUUUAUUUUGUAUGUGUACAUUUAAUGUUGUGCCUUAUGAUCUUGUGUAUUUUACAAAAUAACAAAUGAAGUAUUUUUUUUUAAUUAGUUAUACAUUUCUGUUGUUUAAAAAUCUCUGAAACUCAUAAUAUUUAUUGUAUAAAUAACUGUAAAGAUGUGAAAUAAUAUUGAAUUAAAAUAUAUUCAAACUCAA